AUGAGCAAGCGCGCUGCAGAACCGUCUGACAAGGAACUCGACGCCCUGAAGGGCGGAGAGCGCCCUGCAAAGCCCGAAGACAACCCCGAAAUUGGAGAAUUCGAGGACGAGUACGAAGAUGAAUUCGAAAGUGAAGACGAGAUUAUUGAGGCUGGUGUUGAUGGCCGGCCAGAUGAGGAACGAGAAGCUGAGGAGCAGGGUGACGGCGCUAAUUGGAUUCUCAUAACAGAGGCAAUGGAGGUUGACCAACAAACAUUCAUUCCUGGACGACAUAAGCUUUCCACCGGCGAGACUCUCUCGCCCGAUGCCUCGGCCUACGACAUGCUGCAUACGCUGACUUCAACAUGGCCCUGCCUGUCCUUUGAUGUUCUGCGCGACGACCUCGGCGACAACCGAACAACGUACCCCGCGACCAUCUACGCCGUUGCAGGCACACAAGCCGAGUACUCGCGGGCGAGAGAAAACGAGCUGAUGGUCAUGAAACUGAGCGGGCUGAGCCGGAUGGAGAGAGACCGGGAAGAUUCAGACUCAUCCGAUGACGAAGGCGACGAAGAGAACGCUGAUCCCAUCCUCGAGUCCAAAUCGAUUCCGCUUGGCUCAACCACGAACCGCGUCCGCGCACACCAGUGUCCUCCCACUUCGUCGUCGAAGCCUGCGACAACUCUGACCGCAACCAUGACUGAAGCCGGCGAGGUCCUCAUUCACGACAUCACGCCCCACUUGACUGCGUUUGACACGCCCGGCAUGACCCUUACGCCGCAGCAAUCCAAGCCUCUUUCCACGCUUCGCAUGCACAAAUCUACUGAAGGAUACGCGCUUGACUGGUCGCCGCUCGUCCCGCAGGGCAAGCUCCUGACCGGCGACAACAACGGUAAGAUCUUCGUCACCACACGGACCGACGGCGGCGGAUGGGCAACAGAUUCCCGUCCGUUCACGGGACACACGAGUAGCGUUGAGGAAAUUCAGUGGUCGCCGUCGGAGCGCAACGUAUUCGGCUCCGCCAGCAGCGACGGCACAGUGCGGAUCUGGGACUUGCGUUCCAAGUCUCACUCCCCCGCCAUCAGCCUCAAGAUCAGCGACACCGACGUCAACGUCAUGUCUUGGUCUCGGAACACGUCUCAUCUGCUGGCCACUGGCGCGGACGACGGUCAAUGGGCCGUGUGGGAUCUUCGCCAAUGGAAACCUUCCGCCCCAACUGCCCCCGCUCCUGCUCCUGCCCCCGUCGCUUCAUUCGACUUCCACAAAGAACAAAUCACUAGCAUCGAGUGGCACCCGACAGAAGACAGCGUCGUGGCCGUCGCCGCCGGCGACAACACCCUUACGCUGUGGGAUCUUGCCGUCGAGCUGGACGACGAAGAAAGCCGCGACACCGCCGGCGUCCAGGACGUUCCCCCGCAACUGCUCUUCGUGCACUACCUCGAGAUGGUCAAGGAGUGCCACUGGCAUCCCCAGAUUCCUGGCACGCUUAUGGCCACUGGUGGCGGUGGAUUUGGUGUCUUCAAGACAAUCAGUGUUUAA